GCCAGCAAGAAGGACCGUCUGCUGUUUUUUUUACAAAAGAGGAUCCAUCGUUCGGCAAUGAAGAUUUGCGGCGUAGAAGAGGCAGAGAUGAACGAAGGCGCCGUGUACGCAGCCUACGCCUACUUGGCCUACGUGGAGACGAACCUAGGGGACUUUGAAGACGAACAACGACCAAUCUCCCCGCCCCCUCCUCCUCCUCUCUCUAAAGACCGCGCGCUAUGCCUCCCCGUGCCCCGUCCCUCCACGCUCGUCUUCUCCGACUCUGCAAGACCACCACAGCUUUAUCGCUCCUGCAAAACACCGUCGUUCUCGCGUCAGCAACACGAAAACCCUACCAGCCGGGAGGAGGCGUGCCCCUACAUUCGACUGGACUUUCUGACUCACCUGCCGCCCGAGGUCUCCGUCUAUAUCCUCAGAUAUCUUCACCCGAAGUUCCUCUGCAGGGUUGUCCAGGUGUCUCGGAGGUGGCGAUGGUUGGCCCAGUACAGCUGUCUCCGGACCCGAAGACACAGAUACGUUCAGAGAAAGAGAGAAAAGUACCUCCAGUCCAAGGAGAAUGUGGUUUCUGGGCACAGACAGUUGACACAAACUCCACAGACUCUCACACGACCCUUGCUGCUCACCGAGACCCACAGGAGUAGCCCACUGGCUCCUAUACAGGUCUCCUCCUCCCGACAGAGACACGCGAGACAGACGCGACUAAACUCACCUUACGGUGGAAGGAUUAUUCAAGACGAGGAUACCCCUGUGCAAUCGUAUCAUAACGGCCGCUCGCUGCGUCGCAGUGCGAGACGUCAGGCGAUGCAGAGCCCAGUCCUGAACACUCCGCAGAGCGGGUCUCACCACGUUCGCAGGGUAAUCGACGAAGAUUCCAGCUACAUAGUUCGUCGCUGUCUCUUUCCUCAUUCUCCGUCUCUAACGCAACCGACUCAGCUGAGACGUCGCUCGAUGACCUCACCUGAUGACGACAGCUUCACGGGAUUCGAUGCCAACUUGUCCGUCAAGAAAAGCGCCAGCAGACGACGCUUGAAAAGACUCUAGUUGCAGGCAAACGUUUCUACCCACGCACAAGUAUCAGAUUUUGAGGCUUUGCAGUCACUAGCUUUGUUGGUCCAGUGUUAGUUGUAUACCACGCACACACUCUCCACACCGCUUUCUCCGGCAUCAACUUCCACACAUCUGCAGUUUUGUAUCAGAUAGUAAGACAGCUGUUGUUACAUCUGUACGUCUCACCGCCUCAUGUUCAACUGCACCAUCAAAACUCUCACUUGUUUUUAACCCACCUCAUUCUCUUAUUAAUCCACACGUCUGUGCACAUCAAAACAUGCACAAUUUUUAUUUAUCACUGCAACGUUACUUCACUCCUUGUAACCACCAA